CAUUGGUGGAUAUAUGUUGUGAUAGAACUUGACUGAACCGACCAAUUUUUGCUCGCAACUUUCGAAAUUGUUUGAACGUAGAAUAGGAUUACUACGUUAUUAACCAAAAAUAUUUUUUAUGAGAACAAAAUGGAGACGUUGUACCACCAGACCAACAAAUUAAUACAGGAAACGCAGCACAUUUUCUCGCAGCUUGAGAGAAAGUCGUCCGACGCACAGCUGCAGGAAGUGAAGCAGGCUAUCGAAGACAAAAUCGGUCUUAUCAACAGCAAUUGCGAGCGACUCGACGUGCUGUGCCUCAAGGGUCCAGUGUCGCAGAGGCAGAACAACAGGAUGAGGGUGGAUCAGCUGAAGUAUGACAGCCGUCAUCUCAGCGCGGCCCUGAACUCGUGGUGCAGCCGCGUGACGCGGCAGCAGCGGGAGGAAGCGGAAAGGGAGGCCCUACUGGCCAGGAAGUUCACCACGAACGACCACGUGGACAUCUUCAUCGAUCACACCAUGCAGCACAAUAACAGCCUGCACAACGCCGUUCACGGCAUAGACGAUCUGCUGCACCAGGGCAGCAGUGUCCUGGAUAACAUGAAAUCGCAGAGAAUAACGUUGAAGGGGGCCCACAAACGCUUGAUAGACAUUGGCAACACCUUGGGUCUCUCCAAUACCACUAUGAGGCUCAUAGAGCAACGAGCCAAGCAGGACGGAUUUAUCUUAGUCGGCGGUAUAACCUUCACGUGCAUAGUCAUUCUCUUGGUGAUAGUUUACCUCACUUAGGCACAUUCCAAAGAUCAGAUUAAGCGUAAUGUAUCUGCGAUUAAUUGUGAUUAAUUGCGCGAUUUAUAUAUUUGUUAAUUUUUAUCCCUUUUAUCAAAUUUGCCAUCGGCUUACGAGAAAGAUAGGUGUUGCAACUAUUUAAGAUCAUUUACUGUAAGCAUAUUAUACGUAUGUAAAUAUAGACGCUAGACAAGUCCGACCUACAAAAUGUUAUUUAUAUUUUAUGCUAAAAUAUAAUAUUUGUAUAUUUUAUUGCAAAUCCAGUGUUGAUAGUAUUGUAUUUCAUAACGAUGGAGUUCGACAAUUUUCUUGAAUGUUAUAUCGAAUAAAACUACUCAUAUUUUUAAUGGUAAAAAAUAUGAAAAAGUUUUAA